AUGAUCCAGAAGAGCAUUGAGAUGGUGGGGCUGGUGCUGCCCCGUUCCGCAUUGCGUGAGGGCGAAGCCACCAUCAAACCCGACGAUCAGAUUCGCGCUCACUACUUCGUCGUCCGCUUGGGAGCCCUGCGCGAUUCUCUGUUUGGUGUGGUCCUGCCGCCGCUGGUCACUUCGCUGUACCAUUUCGCCGAUCGACCGGAUUUCGUGGACGUCCUGCCGGCUCUCCUGCAGCUCUUGUGGGAGCUGGACGAGAUGAACAAGUUCUUCGUGGCAAGCAAGGCCGCCUUCAAGAAUCUACACCUCGCGCAGGAGGCCAACAAGCAGAAGAGGAGGCAAGAAGCAGCAGCGAUUGCUCAGCUCGCUGCGAUUGAAGCCUCCCGCACGCCCUCCACCAAGNNUCGCAAGGCCAGGGGUACUGCCUCCCCCUUUCUCAGCCAGACGCCGGUGCUGGCAUCGCCUCUCGUGUCCCGUGCGGAAGCGUCACUCCCGGAGGCCGAAGAUGAGGUGGAGGCGCCGGUGAGCUAUCCCUUCGCCUGGCUUCUGGAGCUGGAGAAGACGCUGGGCACCGUCUGCGGCAUGCUCUCGAGCAGCCUCAUGGCAGGGACGCCGGAGACCAGCCAGGAGCGGCCCUACCUCUCGCACCUGCGCUCCGACCUGUUCUCGGCUGGCCUGGAGGACAGCGAGGACGAAGCGCUCGUUGAUGCGUCCGCCACCGAAGGCAUGGACGUGGACGAGGGCGGCAGCAAGACUGCGCCGCCGGGCGACUUCUUCAAGCGACUCAUGGCCGUCGAUGAAUCAGACGACGAGCUGGGGCCGCUCGUCAAGUGGAUCAGUGCGGCCGGGCCGCGUUUGCCCAUUCCCGCGCAGGCGGAGAAGGCGGUGGCAUCGGCGGUGCGUGGUACCUUCGCCGCCGUCGUCAAGCAUGCCAACCUCGAACCUCAGCUCGUCGAGUGGGCCUCGCAACUGCGCACCGCCGCCCAGAAGCGCAUGGACCUCGACGCCAAGGAGGGCGACAGCGACGACAGUGACGACCCCCUCCUGCCCCCUUCACCGCCGCCCUCGCUGCAAUCGCUCCUGUCCACGGCUGGCUCGAUCCGUCUGUGGAUCAUGCAGCAGCAGCAGACCAUCAUGAGCCAAGCCGUGCAGAAGCACGACGAAGAGAUGAAGCAGCGGGAGAGACGGCGCGGAGGAGGCGCCCAAGUCGGAGAGGUCAUGUGGGACAUCAUGGUCGAGGAGGAGGAGGAAGCCCGCCUCCGGGGCGAAGAGGAAGACGACGACGAUGUGGAGGAGGAUGACGACGAGGAACUCGACGACGAGGCGGAAGAGGACGACGAAGAGGCGGAGGCAGCCGAGGAGGAGAAAGCGCGGAGCAGGAGAGCCGCGGAGGAGUCGGCACGACGGGCCGCGAAGGCCGAGGGCAAGAAGAAGGCCACUCCAGCGGAGGAGAAGGAGGAGGCCCCUUUGCCCGAGCUGCCCACCCGAGAGGAGGUCUACACCCGGCUCGCCAAGCAGGUGCUCGAUGAGGCUUUGUUCUUGCUGCGCUUCGCCGCCAGUGCCAAGUCGGGCAGCACCUCCCAGGAGCUGAUGGCGCAGGCCCGCGCCACGAUAAGCUUCAUUCAGCUUCUCCUGCCGCUGGAGCCGCUGGAGCAGCUGGUGCGACUCCACACUCUCCGCUCCAAAUCGCGCUGUCGUGGGUUGCGCGUCUUCAUCGACCUUCUGGACCGCUGCUCUCUGCCCUCGGCCAAGCGAGAGAUCGUCAAGCACCUCGGCCGCUCGCUCAGGCAAACGGGCACCCACUACGCGGACGGGCUCGAAGGCUGCUCGCGCUCUUCGAUCCUCGCCGUGCGGCAGAGCUUCGCCGAACUGUUCCGGUUCCUCCUGCGCAGCCUGGCCGGGCAGGAGGAGGGCACCAAUGUCUCCCGGGAGGCCGAGCAGCUCAAGUUCCACACGCUCGUUCUCAACGCUCUCGCCCUCGACUACCGCAUGUUCGACUAUGCCCUCUUCAGCAACAGCGACUUCCACGCCGUCCUACACAAGCUGUCCACCCACGACUCGCGGCGAGCAAGCUCCGCGCGCAUAAGAAGCGCGUGGUGCGGGUGGCGCGCGAUCUCUUCCUCCUCUCGGCCGCGCAAUGCCUCGCGUGGACCCCCACGCCUCUGA